AUGGUAAAACUCACUGACCAUGCCGGCGAAACGUCUGGGAAUGUACCGCGUCCACGGUCCGACUUUGGAAACAAAUAUGCAUACAAUGGACUCAGGACAAGCACAUACGUGUUCAUGGCAGUGUGGCGUGGUGGUUGUCAUCUCAAGACUAUAUGCUGCACUUCUCGAGUUCGAUUCCCGCUGGAUGAGUACCUUUUGAGGAGGAAGGUUAUGUGA